AUGACAUUUGGAGAAGUUGGAGUCCUACUACAAUACUUUUCCAAACAAAUAUUGGAAAACCCAUCAUUCUAUGAACUACAGUUGGACAAAGAGGAGCAAAUAACAAACAUGUUUUGGGCAGAUGCUAAAAUGAUAAUUGAUUAUAGCCAUUUUGGAGAUGUUGUAAGCUUUGAUACAACUUAUAAAGUCAAUGAAUUGGAUCGACCCUUUGUAGUGUUUGUUGGCUUUAAUCAUCACAAAGAGAUUGUUGUAUUUGGAGCAGCUUUAAUGUAUGAUGAGACCGCCACUUCAUUUAAAUGUGCUUGUAAAAAUGUGAAUACUCUGUUCAGAGGUGAGGAAGGAGUUCACUCACAAUGCUUUGACAAAAUUUUUGACCACAUUAAGGAGGAAAGUGAGUUUGUUGCUGCUUGGUAUUCUAUGCUUGAUGAGUAUGAUGCACAUGAGAAUGACUGGGUUCUUACCGAUACUAGGUAUAAGGAGUGGGAAGCGGAGUAUGACCUACAAUUCAGAAUUGUAUAUGCCAAAUUUGAUAUCAAAUUAUUGAAACAAGCUAGGGAAGUUUACACGAAAGCAAUAUUCAAAUUGUUUCAAGAUCAAUUUGAAGAAUCCAUUGAAUUGUCAAUAACAAACCGUGUUGCUGAUGGGGAUAACUUAUACACGGUUGAACUAGAUGAUAAGUCUAAGACGUAUGGUGAAAAGGGAAGGUGGAGUAAAGAAGCAAAAGUUGACAGUGUGGUAAACAUGUGUGGGCAUGAGAUUCAAGUCAAGCCUAAAUUGCAACAAGCUUUUAGAUAUAAGUCCUUGUGUUCUAUAUUCACUAGAUUAUCAACAAGGGCAUCUGAAAAUGUAAAGGCAUACCAACUGGUGAUUGAGCAAGCAAAUAAAUUGGCAAAAAUGGUUGAAGACCUUUUACAUCUAGAAGUGAAUGAUGAUGUGCAUGAGAAAAGACAUACCAACUAUAAUAGCCAAAUGGCCAAUUACUUGGAGAAUGUUGAUGUCAUCAUUCCAAAAAGGCUUAAGAAGAAAGAAAAGUCUUAUCGAAGAAGACGAAGAAUUAGGAGUGCUUUGGAAAAAGUCUUACCAAGAAAAAAGAAGUCUAAUCAGACUGCACUAUCUGCUCUCCUCCUUCUCCCUUUGUCACAAACUCUACACGUCGGCUGUCGAGUCAUUGACCACUACACCAUAUUCCAAAUCCAAACUUCCAUGGUUCCACCUCCAACAACCUCCAAAUAG